AAUGCGACCAAAUAAAUUGGUUUUGCAACGUCGUUUCACCACAUUUGGCUUCAAACCCUUGGUUCAACAGAGGCACGUUGCACAGCUGUGGUGGAACAUUCCGGCGUCUUAAAUCUUCUGACCAGACUCUACUGCAGAAGAGGCUCAAUUGGAGAAUGGCAACAGUCACAAUAGAGCAGAGCAGUUCCUCACCUGAGUGGAUGGACUUUGAGACGGACCUAGACAUGGUCCUCUCGACGAUGAAAUCUAUGUUUGGCGAGCUUCCAUCUGCGCCUGCUCCUGUCGAAUUUCUCCAUUCACCCGAGAAUGUCCUUCCUGAGCUGGAACAAAGUGGUUUCACAGAUGGACUCAAUGGGACGGGGACGGUCACACACGACAUCAACCCCUUCCAAUGUGGAGCCACAACAGUGCCGCCAUAUGGAGGGGUCCUGGCAGAUCACAAUGUUGGGGCAGCACGUGCUGGUCUCAUGUCAGGAGCCAACAUGCAGCCACGAUGUUGUCAAUGCCCAUAUGGGAUGAGAUGGCUGCAGUUUCCCCCUCAGUUCCUGGUGCCACAGCCAGAUGGACCUGUGGCUGGUGCUCUUGUGAGCCCCAUGUAUCUGGACAACUCCAUGCCGUAUGGUUUUGUGAACCAUCAACAAGGUGCUUGUUUCCCAUGCCAGAAGGAGCAAGUACCAGCCCUGGAAGGUGGCAGCGUGAGUUCCCCAGGUUCUUUCCACAAUGGCAAGCAGUGUGUCCGAACCAAGCCCUGCCCUGAGCCUUCACCUCAGGUCCUCACGUCCAAACGCAAACGUGGUGUGGAACCAAACGGAGCCUACAUCAGGAGACCACCCAAUGCCUUCAUGGUCUUCAUGAGGGAGAACAGGGAGAUCAUCACUCGUACCCUAAAACCCAAACACAGCGUGGAGACCAACACCAUCCUGGGAGAGAUGUGGAGGAAAAUGUCAACAGAUGAGCAGGAGAUUUAUUACCAGAAGGCAAUGGAGGAGCGAAGAAUCCACGCGGAGAAAUACCCGGAGUGGUCCAGCCAGGACAACUAUGGAAAGAAGGUCAAGAGGCAGAGAAAGAAAAAAAGCAUCAUCGUCUGAAGUUGGAGCUAAUCUUUUUUAUAACUGCUUGUUUAGUGUAUAUGAAAUAAAAAUGUAUUUUUGUUAUCUAAAUGAAGCAGCUGAUUUUGUCAAAAUAUUUUUGUACUUUGGUUUGGAAGGAUGUUUAGUUUGUAUAUCUGUAUCUGGACUUCAAACACAGAGGUUGAUGGUGUGUGCAAUGUUCCACGUUCUGUCUAGCACCAGUGGCAUUUUCAUGAGCUCUUUAAAAACUGUCUGUCCACCCAAGAACUGGACGUACAGCCUCCUGAAGUGAUGUCAGUGCGUUCAGCAAAGUGUUGAGGAGUGGAAAGCUGCACCAGAUUAGCGAGCACUGUAAAGUGAAGACGCCUGAGUGGUGCACAUGCUUCAUGGUGGAGUCUGCCAACAAGUGAGUGGAUGGGCGAGUUGGGUUCCUUGUGGCGGGAGAGGAAUAAAAAAAAUGUCUGAAUUAACAUUGAUGAAUGUACAGUUGGGCAAGAAGACUCAGCCUGGGUGAGUCUGGCUUGGAACAGAGCAUCGGUCUGUUCUGUUUUGCUCUUAAGUUUGCUGGAGUUGGUCUCCUGCUUAUUGUCUGUGAUCCACAUUAU